CACGUGUCAUAAUUACCUGAUCCAAACGCUUGAUUGAAUAUUUUGUCUAUUUAAAAGAAAAAACCGCUCGUCUGUCUCUUUUACGAACAAAAACUGCAAAACCGUCUCUUGCCUUCUCCCUCUUUGUCUCUCUCGUCGUCUGUUAUCUCAAAGCAGAGUUCUGUUUUUUUGGCACUUUGAUUUUUCUGCUGAAUCCGAUUUGAGAAUUUUAGUUUCUAGAAGAAGAAGAAGAAGAAGAUUGUAUCAUGUUUGUAAAGAAGCUGGUGGAGAAAGCUUCGAGCUCAAAGAAGCUUGGAGGAAAUUCGGAAGGUUUAAAAGCAAGCGAAGUAGAGCCACGGCUGGCAUUCCAUUAUGGGAUACCAUCAGGAGCUAACAUGUUGGCUUAUGACUCGAUUCAAAAGAUUCUUGCUAUUUCUACCCGAGAUGGAAGAAUCAAAUUAUUUGGGAAAGAUAACACUCAAGUUCUGCUCGAAUGUCCUGAGGCAGAACCAAGCAAGUUUUUACAGUUCAUUCAGAACAAAGGCAUUCUUCUAAAUAUAACUUCCAAGAACCACAUUGAGGUUUGGGACGUGGAAAAGAAGUUGCUGUCUCACGUACAUGUUUUUAAGGGAGACAUUACUUCGUUUACAGUAAUGCAACGUUGUCUCUAUAUGUAUGUUGGAGAUCAUGUUGGUAAUAUAUCAAUUUUGAAGCUUGAUGAGGAAACAUGCCGGAUAUUACAAAUGAAAUAUACCAUACCUCUCUCUGCUUCUCAUGGAAAUUCAAUUGAAGCUUCUGCUGAUGCUGCUGUACUGCAUAUAAUACCUCAACCAAUGGCUGAAAGCAAGAGGGUUCUUAUAGUAUUUAGAGAUGGCCUAAUUACUUUGUGGGAUAUUCGAGAAAGUAGAUCCAUUUUUACAACAGGCGGAAGCUUGUUGCAUUCACAACAUAAUGACACAAAGAAAGUAACGUCUGCAUGUUGGGCGUGUCCUUUUGGAAGCAAAGUUGCUGUUGGGUAUAGUAACGGAGAGAUUUUCAUUUGGAGCAUUCCUGCUACUCCAAAUUCAAGAACUGAAAUAACACCAGAUAAUGGCACUCAGAAUGCUCCUAUAUAUAAACUCAAUCUGGGAUACAAAUCGGACAAAAUUCCUAUAGCAUCUCUAAAAUGGAUUCAUGCUGAUGGGAAGGCAAGCCGACUCUAUAUUAUGGGUGCCUCUGACUUUGCAUCUACAAACUUGUUGCAGGUAAUCUUACUGAAUGAGAACAUUGAAACGCGCACAAUCAAGCUGGGACUUCUUUUGUCAGAACCUUGUAUUGAUAUGGAGAUCAUUUCAAGCUCGUGUGAGCAAACUAAACAUAAACAGAAUUCUUUUCUCCUCCUUGGAAAAUCAGGGUAUAUAUAUAUUUAUGAUGAUUGUCAGAUUGAAAAGUAUCUUCUACAAUCCCAAUCAAGGGGUUCACCCUCAUUGCCAAAGGAGAUCAAGGUGAAGAUGCCAUUUGCUGACUCAAGCAUCACUACAGCAAAAUUCAUCACAGAUAACCCUUAUAUGUUGAGUUUUGGAGAUGAGGACUAUCUUCAGUUCUCCAAAAACAUUCCAUCUCUUUUCCCUUUUGAAGCAAAGCCUAAAGAUGGAACUCACACAAAUCCUGUCCCCUUCUGUGGAUUUUCAAAGAUUAAAAAUUUGUACAUUACUGGACACAGUGAUGGAGCUAUUCAUUUCUGGGAUGCAUGUUGUCCAUUUUUUAUCCCAAUAUUAUCGUUUAGACAACAGAGUGAAGAUGAUUUUUCUUUAAGUGGUAUACCACUGACAGCAUUAUAUUUUGAUGGCAAUUCUCGAAUUCUUGUUUCAGGGGAUAAGAGUGGAAUGGUUCGCAUUUUUAAAUUUAAACCUGAGCCAUAUGCCGCAGAGAACAGUUUUAUUCCUUUUCAAGGAAGUUUAAAAAAAGGAAACAGCCACGUCAUCAAGAGUCUCAAACUUCUGAAGGUGAAUGGUUCUGUAAUCUCCAUGAGCAUAAGCCAUGGCUCAGAACUUCUUGCUGUUGGAUCCGAUCAAGGAUAUGUUUCAUUAAUUGAUACCAAAGGACCAACUCUGCUGUAUCAAAAACAUAUUGCGAGUGAAAUUUCCACUGGCAUCGUCUCACUAAGGUUUCAAACCUGCAGUCUGCAUGGUUUUGAGAAGAAUGUUUUAGUGGUUGCAACGAAGGAUUCAUCAGUUUUGGCUGUUGAUGUUGAUACUGGAAACUUGCUGAGCACUAGUACAGUGCAUCCUAAGAAACCGUCUAAAGCUUUUUUUAUGCAAAUUCUGGAUGGGCAGGACAUGUUAGCGGGAGGAUCAAAUGCAUCGAAUGUUCCAGACCUGAGAGGGAAUUAUCCUGCUGAGGAUUCAACAAAGCAGUCUUCUGUACUGAUAUGUUCUGAGAAAGCUGUGUAUGUCUAUUCGUUGAGUCAUGUUCUUCAGGGAGUCAAGAGGGUUCUCUACAAAAAGAAGUUCCAUUCCUCUUUGUGUUGCUGGGCUUCAGUAUUUUCUGGUGCAUCAGAUGUUGGUCUUAUACUCCUUUUCACUACUGGAAAAAUUGAAAUAAGGUCUUUGCCAGAUUUAUCAUUAAUAAGGGAAUUCUCAAUAAGAGGUUUCACCUAUUCUGCACCAAAGCUGAACUCUUUACCAGAUAGUUCGAUAUGCUGUUCGCAGGAUGGAGAAUUUGUUAUGGUCAACGGUGAUCAGGAAAUGUUUAUAGUAUCAAUUUUGCUUCAAAAGGAACACUUCAGGCUUUUGGACUGUGUCAGCCAAGUCUACACAAAAGAUCUUAUGCCAAUGCCAUCACGAGAAGGCUUUGCCUCUGGAGCUAUGGUUCCAAAGGAAAAGAAAAAGGGUAUGUUUAGCUCUGUGAUUAAGGAUAUCAAAGGAAGUAAACCAAAGCAAGUUUCAGAAGUGGAAACAGAAGAUACAAAAGAAAGUAUUGAAGAACUUGCAAUAAUCUUUUCAACAGCCAACUUUGCAUCUGAAACUGAAAAUAGCAAUAACAUGGCCAUGGACACUGAUGGGAUUGACUUAGACAUAGAUGAUAUCGACCUUGACGAUCAUGAAGAGAAACCCAAAGAUCAGAAUAUAUUGGCAGCUCUUAAUAAGCAAAAAUUGGCAAGCAAAUUUCAGGCUUUUACAGGUAAAAUAAAACAAAUGAAGGUUAAGAAUGAGAAAAAUAUCAACAAGGAGGAGCAACAAGAUGAGAAGGCUGGUGCGGUUGAUCAAAUCAAGAAGAAAUAUGGUUUUUCUUCAUCUGGUGAAACAAGCGCUGCCAAAAUUGCUGAAAGCAAGUUGCAUGAGAAUGUAAAAAAGUUGCAGGGGAUCAAUCUAAAAUCUACAGAGAUGCAAGACACGGCCAAGUCUUUCUCGGCCAUGGCAAGAGAAUUGCUGCGUACUGCAGAAAAAGAUAAAAGAAGUUCAUAAGCCUAUGGACUGCUGAAAUGAAAUAUAAUAAUGUUAUAUUCAUUUUUUUAUUCUUUCUCCUUUGCAUUUCUAAAGGGAUUUUAUCUAAAGACAAUUUCAGUUCUGUGUAGGGUUGUUUGAAUGCAAUUUAAACAGUGCUGUAAAUAGGGUGUUUACUGAACAUUUGUCCAUUAUUUCCAUGGAAAAUAUAGUAAAGGAAAUUUAUUUUGUUUUA